AUGAAAGAUAUUUUUAAUGAGAUUUAUAACAACGUUCCCAAGUCGUUACCUCCCUUCAUGAGGGAGCAGUACGAAGCGGACCGAUCCAGGUUCUUAAAAUUGUCCGAGGAGCAAUGGAAAAAUUUAGAAAUUUAUCCAUUUCUGACUUCCGUCGACAAGUACCUGCAAAACACGGUGGGCGAAAACUGUCAUCCGACAGUAGAACUGUUUGACACGAUAGUGCCACUCGCAAAAAAAUUGUGGUUUGUUUCCAUGUACAACACAAUAGAGGAUUUAAAAACAAGUUCAUAUUCAAAUAAUGGUAAUUUUAAUUCCGAUCCGGGAUUUGGUAUGAGCCCGAACGGAGAUGAUGAUCUAUUUUCAUUGUAUCGCGAGGAUGAAGACCUAAAUCACCUCUCCUCAUGCCAGAAUAUAAUCACAAUGAAGACACGAGUACGCUCGUGUAAGCUUCUGAACACAAUCUUGGAGACGUGUGUUCACCUGCUGCCAUGUAUCUGGGAAAAAGAUAGCAGGAAGAAGUUCGAUGAACUUAACAAAAAGGUGUCAUUUGUGAGAGUAGAAGUGCUCCUGAGAGCAUUCGAGGACUACUUCAACUCGAGUUCAAUCAACAGAAUGGGACACAGCUACACGAAGAGGAGAGCAUGGGUGUCGUGCCUGGUAAAGCUGUCGUCGCUUAUCAGAAGGAUCUGGCUAUACAGAAGAGAAGUGGGAGAACAGCUGAUCCGCCACCUAUUCCCGACCUAUAAUAGUAAGGAAGGAGAGAGGAACUGGGAGGAAAUGGAGAAGGAGGUGGACCGCUGCGAGCUGUUCUACAAGUUCAGACUUGUGCUGCUGGCGUGCCCGAACUCGACGUUCUACGACCAGAUGCUUAACGGGAACCUGCUCAGAUGGUGGAAGCUGGUUAACGGAGAGGUGGUGUCAUCAUGGAACCCGAUGUUCCUGACAUUCUUCUUCAGAGCAGCAAAGUACGCGUGGGCGCAAGGAGAGUGCCUGUGCAAGUACUUCAACGACAAGGUGCCAGUGCUGUUCAACAUGCUCUACAACAGCUUCGGCCUGCCGAAUAAGACGAAGGUGACGAAGUAUAAGGAGACGAUGCCAGGCGAGUACACGUGCCUGCUUAUCAAGUCACUCAAAAUGUCGAAGAAGAUGUCAAAGUUGUUAGUGUUGCUGAUGCAUCCGAGCAAGGAUGUAGCCGUUAAGUGUGUAGACUGUGUUGAUAACAACACUGAGGAAAAAUGUGGACACCAGAGCAGAGAGAGUCGUCUGGUGCUGACGGAGACGAGUGAGGGCCUAAACUGGGAGAGCUGGAAGAAGGAGGAGGAGAAGGGGCACGACAUAUUCGAGUACUUAAGGUGCCUGGUUAACGUAGUGUACCCGUACACGCACCCGUCGAACAACGGAAAGUGGUCGCUUAACAUAUCGCUCUUCGUCAAGUACCUGGCGCUGGCGUACACGCGCAAGGCGAUCAGAGAGAGAACAGGCUUCUCAGGAGGUAACCUUAUCGAGUACGACAAGGCUGCGCUCGACGAGAACGUGAGCGACUUGCUGUACGGAGUAAGCAAGCAGGGAAUGUUCAGCAAAAACAUACAAAUAUGCAACAACUACGAGGAGACGAUUAAGAGGAUAUGCCACCUGUGUCCGCAGAGGUACCUGAUCUCGACGGCGGAAAAGUUCAUAGAAAACUGCAACGUCGUCAAUGAGCCGAACCAGCUGCUGGGAUCGCUGAGACUGCUGACGCAGCUCUCGCCACUCAUCGUGAGGCUGAUGCCGAACGUGGUCCACGACCUGCUUAACACACUGCUCUCAUUCAUUAACCUGUCGGAGCCGUUCAUCACGACGCAGUCGCUGAUACUGAUCUCGCUCGUGGUCUCAUUCGCGUCGACAAAGGCAGGAGAAGUGGAGGCCAUUAGGGAGGAAGUGAAGGUGGAGACUGAGCAGGAUGGAGGCUCAGUGUCAAUAAAGGACCUGGAAAGAACAAAACUAGCAGAACAGGUCGACUUAACAAAGCCAGUAGAACACGCGGACACAACAAAGCCAGUAAAACACUCAGACACAACAAAGCCAGUAGAACACUCAGACACAACAAAAUCAGCAGAACAAGUAUCCGAAAAGGCCCACCAAAGUAAAACAGAAGUAGAAAAGGUCCACCAAAGUAAAACAGAAGUAGAAAAGGUCCACCAAAGUAAAACAGAAGUAGAAGCUCUCGAUCAGAAAAAUUAUGAGUAUGACCUGUCGCUGGUGGACGAGCACAAGGAGCUGCUGGACAGAGUGGUGGAAAUCAUGAAGACGUGGACAGAUAACAUGCUCAACGGCCUCAACGACUGGAGCAUAGUCUACUUCGACAAGAUACUGGAGAUGUGCAAAAACACGAGCAAGGUUAACCUGAAGGGAGCGUCGCUGAUGAACACAGUGGAAGUGUCGACAUUCCUGCUGGUGCGCUCGUCGCUGCUCAACCUGCUCUCGAAGCUGACGGAGGAGACGCUGACAGUGAUCAUCAACAAAAUGAUGACAUUCGUUAACGAAUACUCGUAUAAGCUGGACAUAGUGAAGUACGUUAUCUCGAUCCUGGCGCUGCUGUCCUCAGUGAACGCAGGACUGCUGCUGAAGCUGUCCACGAAGAAUGAAGGGCGAGAAGCAGACGUCAGACUCGUCUGGUACCUCAACUGCCUGAUAGGAGUGGUGAGGUUCGGAAACAUCAACAACCCGCGCUACGGAGACAGGCUGAAGAAAAUCGUGGAGCUGGGACUGAGCCACCACUCGAAGCAGGUCUUCAAGCUGACGGCGAAGCUGAUGUACCGCCUCAACUACUCAAUGCACCACCCGUACGUGGUGGUCAUCAACAACAACAACUACAAAAAUUACAUCGUCGUCGAGGAGAAGGACAUCCUGGUGGGCUGGCACAUGCCGGGCCCGGCUGAGUACAAGGUCUACAAGGACCUCAUGGUGGGCCAGGUGGACCAGAUCGACAGCCUGGCGCAGAUGUUCGCUGAGAAGGCCGAGGAGGAGUUGACGCUAGCAAACAGGAUCAACAGGAUCCUGAUCGUGGCGAAGUACCUUAUGAAGUCAGUGUCGCUGAUCGUGGUGCCGUCGAGCAAGAACGGAUGCGGAUGCACGCCGUCCUCACUCAUAAAUGACCUGAAGAGGCACAUAGUGGAGAAGAUGACGUCGACUGGCAUGGAGAAGGUGGAAAAAAGCACAGUGGACGAAAUGGACCUGAGGUACCUGGUGGAGGGCUACCUGAUCAACGUGCUGGUGAAAAUCAACAAAUACCUGGACGCAAAUGACCUUUUGGUGGACAGAGAGAAGAUGACGAAGCUGAUUAACUUCCUGGUCUCGAAGGAUUUCUACUCGAACGAGGUGACGGCGAAUAACCUGGACGCACUCUUCAACUCGCUGAAGAGGAAGAUACACAUCAACACGUCAAUCACGUGCACGAAGCCGAUGGUUAAGUACCUCUCGUUCUACUACGGAGUAAACAGCAAGUCGUACCUGCAGGAGCUGAACGACGUAGCAUUCGUGAACCUGAUGCAGGACCACGUUAACCACAUCAUCAACUCGCUGAAGCUUAACCCGCCGACGAACCACUUCAUAAGCAACUACGCGCUGACGAGGCCGCCGACAGGAAAGGACGAGGAGGUGUUCACGGAGGAGCCGCUGUCAGACGAAACGAGAGCAACAAGCUCAGACGAGUUGGACUAUUUGGAUAACUCGCCGGGCUCAGGGUAUGCGCUGACGAGGGAAGGCAAGGUGGUAGAGCUGGAGCAGCCAGAAGAGUCGAGAGCGGGUGCAGAAGUGACAAAAAUGGAAUUGUUGCAGAAGAUAAAGACGCACUCCUCGGACUCGACAGACCUGAGCACAGUGGACUACGCGAAGUCAGAAGACCUGGAAGCGGCUAAGUCGGACACGAUGGAGCCGAGCGACGCGAGCACAAUGUACAUGUCGAGAGUGGACGACUCAAACGAGGCGAGCAACGACGAGGUCAAUGACGAGGUCAAUGACGAGGCCAGCGAGGCAGUCAAGGACGUGGUAAAGCAGUUGGCGUCUGAUGAUGACAACAACAACACUGAGGAUGAUGCCAAGGAUAACGAGAGUAGCAGCAAAAACACUGAGGAUGAUGCCAAGGAUAAGGCGGGUGAUGAUGCCAAUAACUAUUCCAACAAUAACAAGGGUGGCAGCAACGAGAACAAUAAAACUACACUAAAAAAAACAAAGAAAACGCUGGCGUUGAGUAAGGCGACGGAGCUGCAGGAAAGUGGCCCUGUGGAUCCCAAAGUGGUCACAGUGAUGGGAAGGGAGCUGCUGGACAUGCUGGUCACGAAGAUGUGCGUCAGCCACUACAAAAACGUGAGCAGCAACUCGCAGCAGGUCCUGAAGAACAUCAUGUUCCUCCACAAAAACACGAAGUACUACGUGAUCAACGCACUGCUGGACCAGCUCAACGGCCUGCUGGACAGCAUCUUCGGAGACCAGGUGCUGGAAAACAUCAUCACGUUCUUCGACAUGGCGACGCUGAACUACAUAGUGGUGAACCUGACCCUGCUGGAGAAGUUCCUGCGCUUCAUGAUGAAGGUGAUCUCGCAGUCGAACAACAAGGACUCGCUGAUGAGCAAGUACGACCUGCUCUUCAUCCAGUACCUGAACCUGCGUGAGUCGCCGACGCACCACAAGCGCACGGGCGGCUGCGAGCUCCACCCCGAGGGCUGGAAGGGCAGCUACGGACCUAGCACGGGGCGCGUGCGGAGGCUGCUGCGGAACCUGGAGGCGCUGGUGAUCAACCACUGGAGAAGCAACCUCUACUACUGCGCGCUACUGCUGGUCUACUGCGAACACGUGAAGAACGAGCCCUUCUUCAGCAGCUUCUUCACGCAGAUGUGCCAGAGCUCGACGAACCACUACGUGCUCUCACUCUCGCUGCAGGGCCUGCUGAUUGUGCUGAAGAACCUGAACGCGCAGGCGCUCGAGGCCCAGGAGGCCACGCGGAGCUGGUCGGAGGCGCAGGAGAGGACGCGGGCGACGCUGCUCGACAGGGACGUCGCGCGGCGGGUGCUCAGGUGCUUCGUGUACAGCAACCACGAGGCGAUACUGAACAGCAGCAACGCGGCGGCGCCGGCGAACACGACGGCGACGAUCGGAUUCAACAUCAUCAUGAACAUAAUCAAGUUCGACCGCACGUGGCCGCGGAACAGGAUAUCGAACAACUCGACCACAAUAUCACGCCACAACUUCAACCUGGCCUACGAGUACUUCAAGUUCCUGAUCAGCAGCAAGGGCCUGGAUUCAGUAGACGUGUGCGACGUGUUAGAGGAGUUGUCGAGCACGCCUCAAAGUUACCCGGAGAACCACAUAAGCUUCAUUGAAAUUGUCGGAGGACUCCUGAAGUAUAGUCUGGAGCUGGACGAGGAGGAGAACGUGAAGCUCUGGAACAAGUUGCACCCGCUGCUUAAAAAUGAAUUAAACAACGUGCUGUAUGAGAGAAUGGCAGAUUACAUGGACAUAAUGAGGCUUAUACUGCAGACGAUGUACGGGCCGAAUAUAUAUAACAGGCACACGCCGACGACGGUUCAAGAGCCUGAAACAAACUUGUGUUUCAAGUACGUGUUUAACCUAUUGUUGAACUAUGAAGUUAAUCCAACUUCGUACAACCACGAAAACGUAAGUUACACGGUAUUAUUGUUGGAAAACAAUAAGGACGUGGUGACAGGAUAUAACCUAAUAAUAAUAAAGCAACUGAAGCUGUUCCAAGCACUGUUGCAGGAGUAUAAGAACAACUCGUUCACAAACCUGACGAAGUAUGUGCAGAAGGAAGAGUCGGAAGAGUUGGUGAAGAAGGUGCUCAAGACGCUGCUGGACAACCUGUUUAACGACUCGCAGAAAAUAAGGGAUGAGAUAUCGCUGAUACUGUCGUACAUGCUCUCACUGUUCAACGAUGAGCUGGUGGUGGGAACCAUCAACGAAAACAUGGCAAAGAAGCUCGAGGAAAACUCGGAGCUGGAAAGCAGGGGAGUUAAGGGGAUGCUAAACCUGAUACAGAUGCUAUACACACUCCACGUGCCCUUCGAAAAAAUAUACACCAUGUUCAAGGUGUUGGCGAAAAACGCGAAGAGCCACAACAAGAUCAAGCUGAUCUCGCUGCAGCUGCUAGACGUGUUGUUUAAAAACUACUGCAUGUACAUAAAGGACCUGAAGGUAGUGGAGGCGCUAGUUCAAAACUACAUCAACUGUCUGAGCGACACGACGAUACGCGAGGUCUCCAAAAACAAUCUCACAACCAUAAUCAUCACGCUCAACGAAAACAAUUACAACUCACUGAUACAAUUGUUUAAAAGUUACAUAAGAGUGUACGGAUUGAUAUCGUUGAUAUCAACGGCGCCAUAUCACAUACCCACAUGGCUGCCAAACGUACUAGUAGAAUUGGUAAGUUGA